AUUGACGUCACGCCGAAAUCGCUCCCUUGACGCUAGGCGUUUGCAUCUCCGUUGAGGUACCUGGAGCUGGGGUCGCUCGUCUGAGGGGACGUGAGCUGUUUCCCCUCAGAGGCCUGAGGUCCGGCAGCCUAUCCCUCCCGGCCCGGCGACGCCCAGUGCGUCCGUGUCGCCGUCAUGGAUCUGAAUUUAAACCGAGCGGAUUACUUACAGGUGGGAGUGACCUCUCAGAAGACCAUGAAACUACUUCCUGCUUCAAGACAUAGAGCUACACAAAAGGUAGUUAUUGGAGAUCAUAGUGGUGUAGUUACCUGCUUUGGCAUGAAGAAAGGAGAAGCAGUGGCAGUGUUCAAGACUUUACCCGGGCAGAAGAUUGCAAGACUGGAACUAGGAGGGGUUCUUAACACACCACAGGAGAAAAUUUUUAUUGCUGCAGGAUCUGAGAUUAGAGGAUUCACAAAGAGAGGAAAACAGUUCCUCUCCUUUGAAACAAACCUCACUGAAAGCAUUAAAGCUAUGCACAUAUCUGGCUCAGACCUCUUUCUCAGUGCAAGUUACAUCUAUAACCAUUAUUGUGAUUGCAAAGACCAACAUUAUUACCUUUCUGGGGACAAAAUCAAUGACGUCAUCUGCCUUCCAGUGGAAAGAUUACCUCGUAUUACACCGGUAUUGGCCUGCCAGGACAGAGUUCUCAGAGUUUUACAGGGAUCUGAUGUGGUAUAUGAAGUUGAAGUUCCUGGCCCACCUACUGUUCUAACUCUGCACAAUGGAAAUGGCGGUGACUCUGGAGAAGACCUUUUGUUUGGAACAUCAGAUGGAAAACUUGGGCUUAUUCAGAUCACUCCAUCCAAGCCAAUACACAAGUGGGAAAUUCGAAAUGAGAAAAAGAGGGGAGGUGUUUUAUGUGUUGACAGCUUUGACAUUGUGGGUGAUGGGGUUAAAGAUUUACUUGUUGGGAGAGAUGAUGGAAUGGUGGAAGUUUAUAGCUUUGAUAAUGCAAAUGAGCCUGUCCUACGAUUUGAUCAGGCCUUGUCGGAAAGUGUCACAUCUGUCCAGGGAGGUUGUGUAGGGAAGGAUGGCUAUGAUGAAAUCGUGUUGUCCACAUAUUCAGGCUGGGUUACAGGUCUGACAACAGAGCCUGUUCAUAAGGAAAGUGGACCAGGAGAGGAACUGAAAAUUAAUCAGGACAUGCAAAAUAAAAUUUCUUGUUUACGCAGUGAGUUGGAACACCUGCAGUAUAAGGUACUACAGGAGAGAGAGAAAUAUCAGCAGUCUUCUCAGUCAAGCAAAGCAAAAUCAACAGUACCUUCAUUUAGUAUAAAUGACAAGUUUACAUUAAAUAAAGAUGAUGCCAGCUACAGCCUUAUCUUAGAGGUGCAGACAGCAAUAGAUAAUGUCUUAAUACAGAGUGAUGUUCCAAUAGAUUUACUUGAUGUGGAUAAAAAUUCUGCUGUUGUCAGCUUUAGCAGCUGUGAUUCUGAGUCAAAUGACAACUUUCUUCUUGCCACUUAUCGGUGCCAGGCAAAUACCACAAGGCUGGAACUCAAGAUUCGCUCAAUUGAAGGCCAGUAUGGCACACUUCAAGCAUAUGUGACUCCAAGAAUUCAACCCAAAACCUGCCAGGUCCGCCAGUACCUUAUCAAACCCCUUUCACUCCAUCAAAGAACUCAUUGUAUUGAUCAUGACAGACCUGUGAACACACUGACUUUAACGGGCCAGUUCAGUUUUGCUGAAGUUCACUCCUGGGUGGUGUUUUGCUUGCCUGAAGUUCCUGAAAAACCUCCAGCAGGAGAAUGUGUGACUUUUUACUUCCAGAACACUUUCCUGGAUACACAACUGGAAAGUAACUACAGAAAAGGAGAAGGAGUUUUUAAAUCUGACAACAUUUCUACUAUAUCCAUCCUAAAAGAUGUGCUUUCUAAAGAAGCUACAAAGAGGAAAAUUAACCUUAACAUCUCAUACGAGAUAAAUGAAGUAUCAGUCAAACACACUUUAAAGCUAAUCCACCCAAAGCUGGAGUACCAGUUGCUUUUGGCUAAGAAAGUUCAGUUAAUUGAUGCUUUAAAAGAAUUGCAGGUUCAUGAGGGAAAUACAAACUUUCUGAUACCAGAAUAUCGCUGUAUUUUAGAAGAGGCAGAUCACCUACAGGAAGAAUACAAAAAGCAACCUGCACAUCUUGAAAGACUCUAUGGCAUGAUCACCGAUCUCUUCAUAGAUAAGUUCAAGUUUAAAGGCACCAAUGUGAAAACCAAAGUUCCUCUUUUACUGGAGAUUCUGGACAGUUAUGACCAAAAUGCAUUGAUUGCUUUCUUUGAUGCUGCAUGAAAUAUAAACCAGGUAAAGUUCCAGAGAAGUUGUCUGUUUAAAAGUAAAAGCUAACUAUAUAUACUUUCAUUUCAAAUAUUUUUAAAUAUUUUCUAAAAAUAUUUGAGAUACAACUUUUUUUUAGUAAUGCUAUUUCUUUUGACAAAUGCAACUUUUUAAAAAUAGAGAGCAUUUUUAUUUUUAAAAUACAAGUGGAAUGAUUAUAAGGUAUCCUAAUGAAUUUUUUGCAAGUGAAUGUUUUAACUUUUAUGAUGAUAAAUAAUAUUUGGAAAAUAAAAAUACAUUCAAAUAUUUCACAAGCUCUACCCACACAUUAUAUAUAUAUAAACUGCUUUACAGUUUUCAAAAUGUAUUUGCAUUCGUUUACCUCUUUUGAUCUUAACUGUAUUAUUUUGUCAAAUAAGAAAACUGAUUCUCACUGAGGUUAAGUGAAGAAGACUGCUCUUAUUUUGUAAAGCUGGGACGAGAACCCACAUACUAGUGCCUGGUUUGUGUCCUGGUUACCAUAUAUGCUAUCAGCCAGUGGAAAUAACCUACCAGUUAUUUUUCCUAGGAGUAGAGAUUGACUUGCAGUUGAUUUCACUCUUGCUUGGUAAUGAGCAUCGUGACCAGUGCUCAGUUUGUAAGGUGCUUAAGUUGGCUCAAUGCUAUUAAUUGUGGUCAAAGAAACAAGCAGAGCUCGCACCGAUUGGGGGUGAGGGGGACUUGAAUUCCAUGUGCUGUAACAAAUAGAGCUAGACCAGUGUGCAUGUGAAUAGUGCACAAAUAGUGAUGGCUUCUUAGAUUUUCCUGCACUACUAUCCACUCAUUUCCUUUUUAUCAUGUAUGAAAGGAAGUAUGACUUUAAGGCUACAGAAGUGUUAUUCAUUAAUCUUAAUUCAUGUUUAUUCAUACUCAGAGGAAUAUUGUAUUCAAAGUUUACUUUAAAAUGGCAUAAAGAUUAUAAUGGAAAAUCAGCUAUUCUCUAUGUUUUUAAGAAGGACACACUCAUGAAUUUGUCAGAAAACAAUCGUGCUUAAUUAUAUACCAUUAUAUUUAUUAGUUAUGUACAGCCUUGAAUAUUAAAUGUGAAAAUCUGUUAAAGGCACUUAUCACUAAGAGUUUUAUUUUAAUAAGGUCACAUAUUCUACUAUAUUCAAACAACCUUUUCUAAAUGGAACACAUAAAUAUGUCACUAGAAUUUCACUGGUGCUUUUUGUUGGCUGCUACAUCGUGGGUUAAAAUAGAUCA